UUAUGGUUUAAAAAAAAAUCCACAGUUCAUGUUUUUUCCUGACAUCUUCCUCUAAAUCAGAGGGGGGGAAAAAAGAAAGCAUGAGAGACACUGGAGACGUAGCAGACGGCGGACACAAAAACAACAAAACUGAAAAGGACCAGAGCUGGAUCCCCAAAAUCUUCAAGAAAAGAAUUUGCACCACCUUUGUGGAAGAUUCUUUCAGUAAUGGCGGCUUGUGCCAGUGCGGGGGGACAAGAGAUACACAUGCCUCCGUGGCGCUCGGCGAUUUUUUCAGCACGGCCAUUGUCAAUCACUGGGACAGCGCCCAGCAUUCCUCCGAAUACCCAACGGAUGCCUUCGGAGAGUUACAGUUUGCAGGCGCCAGCAAGCGGCACAGCUACUUUUUGCGCUUGUCGUGGGACACACCGCCGUCUAUGGUCUACACCCUGAUGACCGCCCACUGGGGUCUGCCCGCUCCGAACUUGGUGGUGUCCGUCGUGGGCGGCGAAGGCAGGACGAAGGUGAAGACGUGGGUCCGGGAGGUCCUCAGGCAGGGUCUGGUUAAAGCCUCCCAAAGCACAGGAGCUUGGAUCUUUACGGCGGGCCUGCGCGAAGGUGUCGGCAGGUGCGUCGGCGAGGCGGUGAGGGAUCACGCCACCGCAGCGUCGUCGCUCUCCCUCAAUAAGGUGGUGGCUCUGGGCGUCGCUCCCUGGGGCCUCGUCCACAACCGCCAGCAGCUGGUCAAUGAACAGGGCAGUUUUCCUGCCAAGUAUUAUGUCAACAACAUAACCCGGGACUCGUGCUGCCUGGAUAACAAUUAUCAGGCUUUCCUGCUGGUGGAUGACGGCAGCGUGGGACGUAGAGGUGGCGAGACGGGCUUCAGGGCCAAACUGGAGGACUACAUCUCCCACCAGCGAACGGGCAUUUGGGGCAGCGGCAGUAUCGACAUCCCAGUUCUUUGCAUGCUGGUCUCAGGAGAUGCAACUCUACUCGAGAGAAUUGAUCUCUCUCUGAAGAGCUCCAUGCCCUGGUUGGUGCUAGCGGGCUCAGGAGGCACGGCCGACUUCCUGAGUGACAUUGUGAAGAAUUUAUCGUUAGCGCCGGUCGUCCCGUCUUCCGGCGAAGGUGACAGUGAGGCCGGGCCCAGUGUGGAUCUGAAAGACAGAGUGGCAGAACGGGUUCGCAAAUAUUUUCCCUCCGAAGUGGAGACGGACAAACUUGUUGAGCGUGCUCUGAGCAUCUACCAAAACAAAGACCUGAUCACCAUCUACCACGGAGAGCAGGAGGGCCCCAACGACUUUGACACAGUGUUGCUCAAAGCUCUGGUGGGAGCGUCUAAACAGCGGGUGUCGGUCGACCACAGCCCGUACAAUGAAGAACUGAAACUGGCCGUCACGUGGAACAGGGUCGACAUUGCGAAAAGUGAACUCUUCAAUGGAGACAUCCAGUGGAGGUACGAAGACCUGGAAGACUCCAUGACCGACGCCCUGGUCAACGACAAGCCUCAGUUUGUGCGCCUCUUCACCGAGAAUGGCCUCAACAUCCUGGACUACCUGACCUACGGCCGGUUGGAGAGCCUCUACAGAUCAGUGGCUGACGGGACACUUCUCUACCAGCUUCUCCAGCGCCGCUUGUUGGAAAGACUUGGUACGCCGUCGCCCCUGCAGGAGACUCCCGGCAAAAGUGCAGCGAAGAAUAUUCACGGUGGACCAGUGUCUGAGCUCAGUCUUUUUGAGGUGUCAAGAGUGCUAGAAUUGUUAAUGGGUGACGUCUGCCAGCCAUUUUAUUAUGCUCCAUUGGAUUUGGAGCAAAUCACAUCCAAGAGGAGAGCGAUGAGGCGCGCCAGUAAGCUCCUGCGUGGCGACUGUUUGUAUCGGGAGAAGCGUUGCCUCUUCCCCUGGGCUUCGCUCUUCAUCUGGGCCGUCCUCCAGAACCGCAGCGAGAUGGCCACUUUCUUCUGGGAGAUGACAGGAGAGUCCGUACUGAGUGCAUUGAGUGGCUGCAAGAUUCUCCGAGAACUUUCCAAAUUGGAAACUGAGACGGAAACCAAACUGUCAAUGAAAGAGAUGGCCCAGAAAUUUGAGAAUCUUGCACAUGAUGUCUUCAGUUCUUGUUACCGUAGCAACGAAAGUCGUUCCUUCACUUUACUGAUUCGCAAAUCGCCGGUGUGGUGCGGGACCACUUGCCUCCAAAUGGGCAUGAGUGCCGACGCGCGUCUUUUCUUCAGCCACGAUGGAGUCCAGUCUCUGUUGUCCCAAAUUUGGUGGGGUGACAUGAAGAGGAACACAGAAGUGUGGAAACUCUUGCUCACCUUCUUCUGCCCCGUCCUUUGCUACACCAACUUGAUCUCCUUCAGGUCACCAGAGGAGAACCCGCAGGAGAAAAAUAUCAAUCCCAGCGAGGACGCCGUGGGCCGAGACAACAGCCUCUACGGCACCACCGUCUUCUCCUUCUCCGACAUUAAGCACAUUGAAGCAGACUCCCAAGGAAUCUACACUCCCAGAACUGCCACCAUGAGAGGCCGACCUCUCGCCCCGAAACCUCCCGAACGUCCGUUCGUCGUGUCCAGAUGGCGUCAAUUCUGGUUCGCGCCAGUCACCUCCUUUUUGGGCAACGUCCUCAUGUACUUCCUCUUUCUGCUGCUUUUCGCCUACGUGCUGCUGGUGGAUUUCAAACCGCCGCCCCCCGCGGGUCCCGCCAUAACUGAGCUGGUGCUUUAUUUCUGGGUCUUCACCAUGGUGUGUGAGGAGAUACGAGAGACCUUCUUUUUAGGGACGAAGACUUUGCGCCAGAGACUCCGAGUGUACAUUCAGGAUGUUUGGAACAAAUGUGACCUCACCGCCAUUGUACUGUUCGUCAUCGGCUUAAUUUGCAGGAUGUUCAACUGGUCUUACGAAUUCGGCAGAGAUGUUCUGUGUGUGGAUUACAUGGUGUUCACACUCCGCCUCAUUCACAUCUUUGCCAUUCACAAGCAGCUAGGACCCAAAAUCAUCAUCGUGGGAAAGAUGAUGAAGGAUGUCUUCUUCUUCCUCUUCUUCCUGGGGGUGUGGCUGAUGGCUUACGGCGUAGCCAAUCAGGCUUUGCUGUACUCCUACGACCCCCGACCCGAUCGUAUUUUCCGCCGGGUUUUCUACAGGCCGUACUUGCACAUAUUUGGACAGAUCCCCGUGGAAGAAAUGGAUGUGGGGAAGGAUUGGGACAUGCCGUGCACCAGAAACGUGACACUGAUUGACGCCGGUGCAGAACCGUGUCGGGUUACGUACAGUAACUGGCUGGUGGUAAUCCUGCUGGUUGUUUACCUGCUGGUCACCAACAUCCUACUUAUCAAUCUUCUCAUUGCCAUGUUCAGUUACACUUUCAAUGAGGUGCAAGCCAACAGUGACAUCUACUGGAAAUUCCAACGCUACAACCUCAUCGUCCAGUACCACUCGCGCCCCUCGCUGGCCCCGCCCUUCAUCUUCCUCUCUCACAUCAACCUCUUCAUCAAAAGGAAUAUCCGCAAGGUCUCGUCCGUCAAGAUCCACCACUUCGUAUUGCAACUCAAAGGCAAGACGGCAAACCGACUCAUGACGUGGGAAACCAUCCAAAAGGAAGAAUUCUUAAGCGCUCAGAGUAAAAUCCAAAAGAGCAGCGACUCGGAGAGACUCAAGCGCAUGUCGACCAAGGUGGACGGUGUGAUGAAAUAUCUGACUGAGGGCAGAGACUUUGACCACAGACUCAGGACUUUAGAGACUGAGAUGGAGUAUUGCUCCAGCGCACUAAGCUGGAUUGUGGAUACUUUGGCGCAAGGCGGCACAUACAAACCCCCUCGGCCCCCCCCAAACCUGAGAGAUUCAUUCACACCAUCUUCUUGAGGAGGGGGGGGGGCGUGUCCCAAAAAGACCUCAACGGUUGUCAUGCCAACUGCCUGCCAAAAUGUUUUUGUUACUCACUAGAAGCUAUCAAUAUUGUUACAUUAUCGAAUACAGGACUGUUUUUUUUAAGUGCAAUGUUUUUAUUUUCAAAUGCCAAACUAUAUUUAUAGUUUACAACUGGAAAAUGUACAUAUUUAACACGGGUGGAGGCUAGUUCACAUUUGAUGCUGACUUUGUACUAUUUGUUGUCACUUUAUGUUGUCGAUAAGAGUCACGCUACUUGAGGAAAGGAUUCUUUUUUUCACUUUCACUGUUUUAAUGUUUUACAAUAAAAUGUCGUUUACAAAUUC